UCAGAAUAAUAGUAAUACUGCGUUGCUUUAUUUUAAUUAUUCCCAUAUUUUUAAUAUCUUUUUCCAUUUGUGUUUUUGCAUGCAAUGGCGAUGAAAUGCAUGACGAGUGCAGGCGAAUCAACACAGCGUGUGGAAUUUGGGUGCUCGGAGGAAUCAAUGGUGCCGGAGACUUUCGUGUGGCCGGACGAGUUUAAACCAAAGGAGGGGGCGCCGGAGCUGCAUGUUCCACAUAUUGACUUGCAAAAGUUCUUAAGUGGAAAUCAAAGUGAUAUUGAAGAGGCAACCAGGCGGGUAGAUGAAGCUUGCAGAAAGCAUGGAUUCUUUGUGUUGGUCAACCAUGGUGUGGACAUGGAAUUGAUGAAAAAACUUCAUCAGUGUAUGGAUGAGUAUUUUACAUUGCCUUUUGAUGUCAAAAAGAAAGCUCAAAGGAAAUUGGGUGAAAAUUUUGGAUAUGCUAAUAGCUUCAUUGGAAGAUUCUCCCAUAAUCUUCCUUGGAAGGAAACCUUUUCCCUUCCUUAUGUUGCUCAUCAUAAUUCAACCACUACUCUCGAUUACUUUUCUCAAUAUUAUGGCUCAGAAUUCUCUCAUCAAGGGAAGGUGUAUCAAGAGUGUGGAGAAGCAUUGAGUGAUUUGAGUUUGAAGAUAGUGGAGCUUCUGGCUUUAAGCCUUGGGGCUCCAAAAGAGAAGUUCAGGAAAUUCUAUGAGGACAAUAGUUCAAUAAUGAGGCUAAAUUAUUACCCACCAUGCGAGAAGCCAGAGCUGACAUUAGGAACUGGACCUCACUGUGAUCCAACCUCCGUAACAAUUCUUCACCAAGACCACGUCAGCGGCCUUCAAGUCUACGUGGAUGAUGAGUGGCACUCAAUUCCUCCAACCAAAGACUCCUUUGUCAUCAACGUCGGUGACACUUUCAUGGCUUUGACAAAUGGGGUUUACAAGAGCUGCUUCCAUCGAGCUGUAGUGAAUUGCAAGGAAGCAAGAAAAUCAAUGGCUUUUUUUCUCUGUCCAGCAGCUGAUAAAGUGGUGAGAGCACCGGAGGAAGUGGUGGACAAGAAUCCACCAAGAAAGUUUCCAGAUUUCACAUGGCCAUUGUUGCUUGAACUGACUCAAAAAUUUUACAGGGCUGAUUCCAAUACUUUCAAGGCUUUCAUUCCUUGGCUUGAAGAACAAAAGUUGGCUAAUAAUACAAUUGCACCACCGUCUGUUUAAAUUAUGCCAAUCCUGCCCUUCAAAACCCUCUCCUUAGUUUUAUGUCAAUAAAAGUUCUCUCUUUUUAAUUAGGAGGUUAACUAGGGAAGAAACUAGCUGAGGGAAUCCCUUAGUAAUGUUGUAGUAAUUUGGUCUUUAUGUAUUUUGUCGUCUUUUCUGGGUUGUUGUUGGGAUGUUACAGUAACUUAAUGUACACAGUACACAUGUUUACGCUUUGCUUA